AUGAGGUCCUGCAAGAGGGAUGGGGGGCAGUUCACCCUGGAGGAGAUUAGGUGUUUUGUGCUGGCUGUCAAAGACAAGACCAUUCAAGAUUGCCAGAUAGGGGCCAUGCUGAUGGCGAUAUGGCAGAGCGGCAUGGUUGCCGAGGAGACGCUGGCACUGACACGUGAGAUGAUGCGUUCUGGGGAGGUGCUGAGCUGGCCGAAGGAAUGGACAGGGCUGGUGGUGGACAAGCACUCCACAGGCGGUGUGGGAGACAAGACCAGCCUCCCCCUGGCUCCAGCGCUGGCAGCCUGCGGCUGUAAGGUCCCCAUGAUCAGUGGCAGGUCUCUAGACUUCACAGGAGGGACCCUGGAUAAACUGGAGUCCAUCCCCGACUUCAACAUCCACCAGUCAGUGGAGCAGGUGAAGAAGAUUUUAGAGGAUGUUGGCUGCUGCAUUGUGGGCCAGACACAGAACCUGGUCCCGGUUGAUAAGGUGUUGUACGCCACACGGGAUCAAACCGCCACUGUCGACAGCUUGCCGCUCAUUACAGCUUCAAUUCUCUCAAAGAAGGGAGCCGAGUCCUUAUUCACCCUGGUUUUGGAUGUGAAGUACGGGAAGGCUGCUUUGUUCAAAGAUAUCACCAGUGCCAGGGAGAUGGCGCAGUCCUUGGUGACGGUGGGGAACAGCCUGGGCAUCAUUACAGGGGCCGCCCUCAGCAGGAUGGACACCCCCAUCGGGCUGUGCGUGGGGAAUUCUCUGGAGGUGCUGGAGUCCCUGGAGUGUCUGAAGGGCCGAGGGCCAGCUGACCUGCGUGGGCUGGUCACCUACCUGGGAGGACAACUGCUGUGGAUGAGUGGAAAGGCCCCCACCCUGGACUGUGGGGAGAAGGAGAUUUGCAGGGUCUUGGAGAACGGGGAGGCCUUGCAGAAGUUCCAGGCCAUGCUGCAGGCCCAGGGGGUGUCCGCAGAGAAUGCCCGCAUCCUGUGCUCCAUGGACACAGACUACUUCCGAGUCUUGAAACGGGCGCCUUCUGUGGUGGUGCUUGAAGCCAAGACGGAAGGCACAGUGCUCGAGGUGAACGGUUUAAUAAUAGCUGAAGUCCUUCACAAAUUGAGCGGGGGACGAACACAGACAGGAGAACUCGUUGAUCACAGUUCGGGGGCUGAGCUACUGGUCACCGCGGGGAUGGAGGUGAAGAAAGGUGACCCCUGGGUCAGAGUGCAUUGUGGGACACCAGAGUUCAACGCUAAGCUCCAGGCCUGCUUUCAGGAGGCGCUAGUGAUCGGGACCGCUGACCACUACCACCCUGAUGGAACCUUGCUAGUUUCUGAGUUCAUCCCUCCAAAAUCUUUUAACAAAUAG